ACUGCAGAGUUAACUUCUUCGGUGCGCUUUCUUUCUCUCUCUCUCUCUCUCUUCAUUGUGCUGAACGCCAAGUUGUCGUCCAAAUCAAACCUUCUUGUCCUGUUCGUUUUGAAUCCUCAUUCGUUAUUCUACGUUUUCGCAUUUCUGCCGCGCUGUGUAGAGAGAGAAACACAUACACAGAGAGAUAAUGGCGAAGGAGAAGAAGAAAGAAGUCAUCAAGUUGGAGCGAGAAUCCGUAAUUCCAGUUUUGAAGCCGAAACUGAUCAUGACCUUGGCUAAUCUUAUUGAACAUGCUUCUGACCGGGCUGAAUUUUUGAAGCUUUGCAAGAGAGUGGAGUACACAAUUCGUGCUUGGUAUCUACUCCAAUUCGAAGAUUUAAUGCAAUUAUAUUCUUUGUUUGAUCCUGUCCAUGGAGCUCAGAAAUUAGAGCAGCAGAACCUAUCUUCUGCUGAGAUUGAUAUUCUAGAACAAAAUUUCCUCACUUACUUAUUUCAGGUGAUGGAGAAGAGCAAUUUCAAGAUAGCCACUAAUGAAGAGAUUGAAGUUGCACAGUCAGGGCAAUAUCUUCUAAAUCUUCCUAUUUCAGUUGAUGAAUCUAAGCUUGACAAAAAACUUUUGAAGAAGUACUUUGACGAUCAUCAACAUCAUAAAGAUGUUCCAGAUUUUGCGGAUAAGUAUGUAAUUUUCCGCCGUGGCAUUGGACUUGACUGUACCGCUGAUUUCUUCCCUUUGGAGAAAGUAGACAUGCUUAUAGGUCGUUUUUGGGGAUGGCUUUUGAGAAAGACAAGAUUGGAAAGAGUAUUUUGUAGAAAGCCAAGUGCAAGGCACGAGAAAGAUCCAAAGAAAGACGAUGACAUCAUUGAAGAGGAAGUUGAGAUGCAUGUUGAAAGAAUACGUCUAGAAAAUAUGGAACUCAGCUUUCACAAUCUUCUGGGAAAGACUACCAUCCAAGAACCAACCUUUGAUAGGAUAAUCGUCAUUUACAGGCGAGCAGGUGACAAAUCAAAGAAGGAAAGAGGAAUAUAUGUAAAACAUUUUAAAAAUAUCCCAAUGGCCGAUAUGGAAAUUGUUCUUCCGGAAAAGAAAAAUCCAGGUCUAACCCCAAUGGACUGGGUCAAGUUCCUUGCUUCUGCGGUUGUUGGUCUGGUUGCAGUAGCGGGGUCAAUUGAUAUGCCUAAAAAUGAUCUCUGGGUCAUUUUUGCCAUCCUAUCGACUGUGAUCGGUUACUUUGCUAAAACAUAUUUUACAUAUCAACAAAACAUGGCGUCAUAUCAGAAUUUAAUUACACAAUCAAUGUAUGAUAAGCAGCUGGAUAGUGGAAGAGGAACUCUUUUGCAUCUCUGUGAUGAUGUAAUUCAACAAGAAGUGAAAGAAGUAAUUAUUUCAUUUUUCAUAUUGAUGGAACAAGGCAAGGCUACUCUACAGGAACUUGACCUUAAGUGUGAAGAGCUAAUAGAAGAAGAGUUUGGUGAGAGAUGUAAUUUUGAUGUGGAUGAUGCUGUUUACAAGCUUGAGAAAUUGGGCAUUGUUGCUCGAGAUACAAUUGGAAGGUGCUUCUGUGUUAGUCUUAAGCGUGCAAAUGAAAUUAUUGGCACCACUACAGAAGAGCUAGUUCUUAAAGCUAAACAGAGCUCUGGUGCUGUUUGAUGUGUCUGUAAUGUAUGGCUGCCCGCCGCCGCCUCUUUGACCAGAACAAGGUGGUGCCUAGUAUUGUUGGUCUGACAUUUAUACUUGCCUUUUCUUGUUAGCCAAAGCUAUAUAUCGAUAUAACAGUCCCAAACUUCAUUAAUCAUGAUACAUAGUCCCAUUUAUUAAGUUGGGGUCAUCUGUCUGAGGUAGUAAUCCAAUCUUUACAGUGUUUGGAAGAAUAAAAAUUGUUUGUGACAAAUUCUCCAAUUGUUGUUAUUGAAAAGUUAUUU